AGUGUGCAGCCACAUCUCUCACAGCCCCUUCCUCCUGCUGCUGCACCCACUACUGCACGCUCAGGGCCUCAUUGCUGGUAUCAUGCAGCCUCCUUGCUGUUGCUUCAUCCCCCCUCUCUUCUACCUCCUCCUCCCCUCUGGGACAUGGGCAGACCUGAAGGGGACCUUCACUAUCCGGCUGCUCCAGACCUCCACCUUCCAAAACACAUCCUUCGUGGACACAGAGGGGCUGGGCCUGCUGGAAGACAUCGAGCUUGGUUCUCUUGAUAAGCACACCUGGACGAUCCACUUCUACCAGCCCUGGGUGCGCCCAGCCCUGCCCCGCAGUGACUGGGACACCAUUGAGAACAUGAUCAAGAUCUAUUUGCAGCAGUUCAACCACCUGAUCAAUGAAGGUGCCAUGCAGAAAGAUGUGCCCUACCCCUUUGUGGCCCAGUGCAUGGCGGGCUGUGAGCUCUACCCGAACAGGACCUCCCGGUCCUUUGCCUAUGUGGGCUACAAUGGCCAGGACUUCCUCAGCUUUGACAUGGACAAGGCCACCUGGGUCCUCUCCCAAGACACCAACCUGUCACGGUACGUCCAGGCUGUUCUCCAGAACUAUACUGCCUUCAGCGAGCUGGUGGAAGUCUUCUUCAAUGAUACCUGUGUUGAUGACAUGGAGGUGUUACUGCACUAUGGGAAGGCAUCUCUGGAUAGACAAGAGCUGCCCGUGGCCACGGUCUUUGCCCACACAUCCAGCCCAGCCCAGAUCCUGCUCAUUUGCCGCGUCACCGGCUUCUACCCACGGCCCAUCAGUGUGGCCUGGCUGCGCGACGGCCAGGAGGUGCCACCAGGCCCAGAGCUCAACACCAGUGCCAUCCUGCCCAACGCUGACCUCACCUACCAGCUCCGCAGCACCUUGGCUGUGGCCCCCCAUGAUGGGCACAGCUACGCCUGCCGCGUGCGCCACCACAGCCUGGGCACCCGCAGCCUCCUCAUCCCGUGGGGGAACUCAGAAGUGGUGCUGAUCGCAGGGCUUGGGGCUGGGCUGCUGACUGCCAUGACCAUGGCUACCAUCACAGCGCUUUGGGUGUGGAGGCUCAGAAAGCACCAGCAGAUGGAGGAAUCAGAGUCCAGGAACUCCAUCGUCAGCAAAGAAGCUUAGAUCAGAAGGGAGCAAACAUUCUCUGUUUCCUUCUGCCACUCUCAUAGGGACAAAAACUCUACCUUUUUCUGCUCUGACAAAAUUCUGGGCACUGCUGAGUGUGAGAUCAACUCAACUCAGAGACGCAGGGGGGAAAUCUGAGGGGUUCCUGACCCACUUCAAUUUGCUAAGCAGGCAAGUAUGCAAGUCUGAGACAUCCUCAUUUGUUACAUACGAUCACCUCUUACCUCAUGGCACUGCCCCAUGCACCCACUAAGGCUCUUUAGGGCACCACAAUGCCCAAUGGCAAUUUCUCACACUUCUGGUACAAUAACACAUUUAUCAAUAAGCAGUAAGCUGUGCCCUUCUAGUGUCACUUUCUAGUAUUUUUUCCUAAAAGCUGCCUUUAUUAACCACAUUCCAGAAAUAUUUCUGCUGAGGCUGAACUGUUCCACACAGACUAACAGCACCUGGCCACAAACCGUUUUACAAAGUGCUGAGUAACACUGAAACUCUGAUGUAAUCUGUGGGAGCUGCAGAUGUGUAUAAAAUGAAAUUAAAACAUUCAUGUUUUCACUAAGAA